GAGCUUUUCCAGCAGCAAGCUUCAGGAAGAGGCUCCGGAGACGGAGGGCCAGGCUGCAGCCGCCUUCCUCUUUUCGUCAGCUCACUCCCGCCUGCUGCGGGCCUUGUCAGCAGGCGACGUUGAGAACGAGGGCAGACCAAAGGAUGCCCGGAAGAAGGCCAAGAAGAGGAACAAGAAGAGUGAGUCGACAGAAGAAUCUUCUGAGGAGUCCAUUGACGCUACGCCCGAUGUAGAGGAUGUGCAGAAGAUCUUCGGCCUGAGUGCACGGGAUCUCACCAGAGGCCGUGAGCAGAUUACUCUGAAUGAUCUCAAGGUGCGACAACUCGCUUUUAGCAUGGCGGCCACUUCCGGCCGCAUUUCCCCAACCGAGCUUCUGGCCACGGGCGGAGAGGCUGAGAGCCUCAUGGUCGAGGCUGCUGCCAGACACAAGCGAUCGAAAAGCAAGGACAAGGAGUCCAGCUCGCUCCAGCAGGCUGUUGUUGUGAUCCGCGAAAGCCCUGGCCACUCGGUGGAAAUCCCGGCUCGCAGCUCUUGUGUUGAAGUGUGCCUGGGCUGCAGCAACGUUUGUGCAGUCGGGGCAGAUGCUGUAUCUAGCUACUUUCUCAGAACCGGCACUUGCAGAGAGAUGACAUGUGUUUUGCCAGUGACGGGCAAGAGCCUGAACGCGGUGAAGAUCUCGACGGCCCGCCUCCUGACGGAUGUGCCGGCCCUGCUCCGUGCCAGUUGCGAAACGUAUCGCAGGAAGAAGAACUUCAAAAAGAAGCAGUACUGGAUGGAAUUCCAGAAGGUGCUGACGAUCCAGAAGGAGGACCUGAAUCGACUA